AGCGGGUCCGGGAGCAGCAGCGGGUCCGGGAGCAGCAGCGGGAGCGGGUCCGCCUUUUCUCACAAUGCCUCAAAGUAGAAAUAUCAACUGUGAUUUUGACAUUUUCUCCUCACUCCUGGACAAUGAUGAUGAUUUUUAUGAGACCUGUGAGGAAUUUCUGAAGACAGUUGAGAUGUUGCCAACUUCAACACAAUCUCCCCUCCCCAAGGCCAAUAUGUGUGACUCCCUUUCCACUUUAAUCCCUUCCAAAUCUGACCAGUUGGAAUUAAUGUCAGAGUUCCUAUUGGACGAUGAGGAAUUCAUUGACCAGGGUUUAAUUUGGGACUUGGAAGCCUCUCUGAAGAUGGAGCAGGACUGUAUGUGGAGUAAUUUACUGGCAACAACAGAGCUGGACAAAAUUGGUGACAAAUUGGAUGUGCUCCCUGUGUCCAGCCCCCUGAUGUCUGAGAUUGAGUCUCAAUUCUUCCAGGAUCUCUGUGGUUCUGGUUUGGAGAGUAUUAGCCCACUCCUGGACAGGCCUCACCAGGAGAAUGAAGAUCCAAACUCAGAUGAUGAAAGUUCUUUGUCAACAGGCAGUGUUUCUUCACGCUCCAGUGACUCAGAAGAGGAGAUUGAUGUCGUGACCAUUGAGAAGCAAAGGUUGGCACUGGGGAGUACUACCAAGCAAGAAAUGGCAAGGACCGGAACCCGCUCACAGACUCUGGCCAGUAUCAAACGGUGCAGUCUGGAAAUCCAGCAACAGCACAACUACGCUGCACCCUCACCUCUGCUGUGCAGGGAACCACCAGCACCAAAACGAGCCAAAACGGACAGCUAUCUCCAUGUGACCAAGCACUCAUCCCCCAACAAGCCCUCAAACUUCAGCCCCAGAUCUUCAGAUGCAGAGGAUGAAGAGAGACGAAAGACACACAAUGUCCUGGAAAGGCAGAGGAGAAAUGAGUUGAAGCAUUGCCUGUUGGCUCUUCGAGAUGAGGUGCCGGAACUUUCUAAGAAUGACAAAGCCUCAAAAGUGGUCAUCUUGAGGAAAGCGACAGAAUACGUUAUCAGGCUGAAGGUAGAGCAACAAAAACUGAAUGCAGAGAGAGAGAAACUUCAGAAAAAACAGCAGCAGCUUAGACGGAAAUUUGAACAGAUGCAGAGGAUUUCCAAAUAGAGUUUGCAAACCCAGGCAAACUGGAAAAAUGUUUUUAAAUGCCUCAUUCCCCUUGAAACUUAGACGUUCAAAACAUCCUCAAGACUAAGUCUCUCGAGUUAUCUUUCUCAUGCCUAUAUAACCUAUGAACGUUAAUGGGGACAAGGGCCUGGGAAUGGGCACUGGAUGUGCUAACAGGUCUUCCUGUGAGAACUUGCGCCAUUUUUCCCUCAGUGUCUCCAUAGUUUUAUUCUUUAAUUAUGUCAAUGCAGCAUUUUGCAAAAUUUUAAAAGUAAGUUUGGAGUUUUAAUACUCCAAUUUGAAUGCUUAACGUGUCUGAAAAUGCUUGGCUGUUUAUUAUUUUAAGCUGCUUUGGGCACUGACUGUAUCCCUGGUACCACCCUGGGGAAGUUUAAGCCACUAUCUUCCCCGUCACAUCUCAAGCUGCUGAUACUGACCAUUUUAUGUCUGUUUUAAGAUUUGUUUUAAGAUUUAUUUGCCAGUGGGGUUAAACAGACCCAUUACUCGAUAUUCAAACAGGAACUAAAUGAGCAAUUCCAGAUGAGCAGAGGCAGGAGUGAGCUGCCUGGGAUCCAGUCUGGAGGAAAGGUCGGACAGGCUGGGCUUGUAUCUGCUGGAGUUUAGAAGAGUAAGAGGUGACUUGAUUGAAACGUACAAGAUCCUGAGGUGUCUUGACAGGGUUGAUGUAGAAAGUAUGUUUCCUGUUGUGAGAGAAUCUCCACCCUUGUCCUGUUGCUUUUCUGUCUUAGUGAAGACUCUGUGCAGAACCUGAGGCAUGUUGGAACAUUAUUCCCAUUCCUUGUGGCACCAUUCUCAUUCUGAGGGUUCUGGAUCUGCAGGUGGGAAAGUCUGGGAUUCGAGUUCCUUUUGUGUGCUGGAGUCAGUUGGUGUUCUAGCUCUUUGGUGAAGACAGGAUGGGAUUUGGCUGUGAUUCUGACUCUUCCCCCCACCUUAAACUUUCUGGCCUGGACUAUGAAUGCCUCUGGGAUUGGCAGUCAACUCCUGUACCCAGCACCUUUUAUGUGGGAAUAGGGAGAGCUUUCUACAAGUCACAUUACCAAAGACAUUUUGUCCUUUUAAUAACCGAUUAUCACAUGAUUGCAGUGAUUACUAUAUCUUCCACAAUGUGUCUCAUUAGGUUUAAUUGUUUAAUUACAUAUUUCGCUGCUAGUCCUAUAAUUUAUUUACAGAUAACACACUGCCUAUCAUGUUAUAAAUCUUUAAGCAAUUUGAGUUGUAUUAUAUUUUCAUAUGAAUUAUUAGAAUUUACGAUCAUCAUGAUGGGAUUUGUGUGAAGUUUGUCCUAAGUUAUUGAUUUGUAUUGUCACAUUGUUGGGUGGUUUCUGUUUUGUGAUUGGUCAACCUGUUUUGACAAAGCACUUUCUGUUCAGCCUUUAGCUAUGUUGGCACAAACAUUCAAUAAAAUAUUUAAAUUUAAUAUAA